AGUCAACAGUCAAGUAAUAUAACCAAAAAAAUUCCUAAAGUAGGAGCAUUUUCUUACUUGAUCAUUCAAUAAAUUAAUCUUUUACUUUAAUCAAUUCAUCAUGAACGGUGUACGAAUCAUCAAAAAAUUACCUUUACGGCAGUGGCGCUCGUUUUCUCGAUGCUCUAUUUUACAACAAGAAGUGGUACAAGCAGCUGCCCCCCUCACAGUACCUGUUCCCGAAGGAGUUGACAAGCCAGUGUCCCCGAAAAUUGAGAAAUUAGUAGCAGAUAUAUCGAAUCUUAACCUACUUGAGGUCUCAGAACUAAGCCAGGUCCUGAAAAAGAGACUGAAUUUACCUGACGCCCCAGUCAUGCCUGUCGGUGGUUUUUCUAUGGCCGCACCUGCCCAGGAAGAGGAAGAAGCUGCACCAAAAGCUGUUAAAACUAACUUUACGGUGAAAUUGACGAAGUUUGAUGAGAAACAAAAAGUAGCACUAAUCAAGGAAGUGAAGAACCUACUGGAAGGUUUCAACCUGGUGCAAGCCAAGAAGUUUGUCGAGAGUGCACCAACAAUUGUAAAGGCGGAUAUAUCCAAAGAUGAAGCGGAGAAGUUAAAGGAGGCACUUUCCAAAGUUGGCGCAGUUAUAGAAAUUGAAUAGGCUAAGAUAUUAUAUUUAUAGUUGGUUAAUUUUAGUUCAAUAAAAAUACAAAAUUCA